UCCAAUAAAUACACUUGAAAGGUUUCCUUAUUCCCGAUCGUGUAUUCAGGGUGUGCUGUUGUCUGCUCUCGAAUCCCAAAAUUGACGAACGUUUUUACGCUUAAUUCUUCCCACACAAAAAACAAAAAGAAAAAAUAAGACGAGAUACUACCAUGGGAGAUAAAGUUACCGUCUACUACUCUUCGAUUUGCAGCACAUUAGAUAUAAAAAAGAAACAGAAAAGAAUAGAGGACAUACUUGGCACAAAGUACAAGCAAAUCACGAUUGAGUACAAAGAUAUAGCAAACAGUGAUGACUUGAAGGCAGAAAUGAGGGACAUUGCCAAAAAUGAGCAUGCUAUCGUACCACAGAUCGCUAGAGGAGGAGUCUACCUAGGGGAUUAUGACAAAUUUGAUGCUGCAGUUGAGGGAGAGUUUUUGGAAGAGUUUUUAAAAAACUGAAUUUGCAGCUGGAAUAUCUACCAUGGCAGUCUUAGUUGAAAAGAGAGAGUGAGAGAGACGAUAUUGCUUUGCAGUCAAUCAUAUUUGCAGCAAUAAUUUUGUAUUUCAUGAGGACAAUAGAAGAUGUCGUGCACAUUAAACAUAACAAUCUGUUAAUACAUUAUUCAAAGACUCUUGUGUGAUAGGAUAACAAAAAAUGUUGGAAAAAUAAAGAGUCUCGUUUAAGGUU